AUGGUUCAAAUAAACGCAGCGUCGAUAGCUACUGCUACCGUUCUUGUCGGAGCGGCCAUGUCACAGGCCGCGGCGUUACCGAACCGUCCUGCCGAUCAAGAGAUUUCAGCACUGGUUGCUGGUCUCGGCGUAAAGGUUGGACAUCUCGGGUCACUCCAUCCGAUCGAGACGAGAGGGAAGCAGGUCUUCCUCAAUUCCGAGCGGGCCUCGAGUAACGAAAAGAGAUCAUGGCGCGGACGUCACGGCCGCAGGGGUCCCUGGAGGAAUGAGCCGGAUAACGUCCAAGUUGACGCUCACGGUCAUGCCCAGGUUAACGUGAUCGAGGAUAAACACGACGUACCAGAUGGGAAAUCGAAGGAUCAUACCGAGGUGCAUGAACAUGAACAUGUUCACCGUCAGGCUCAGGAUCAAAAAUCCCGAAGGGACGAUCAUGACCACGACCAUGACCACGACCACGACCAUGACCACGACCAUGACCACGAUCACGACCACGACCAUGAUGAUAAUCAUGACCACGACCAUGACCAUGACCACGAUCACGACCACGACCACGACCACGACCACGAUCACGAUCACGAUCACGAUCACGACCAUGACCACAAGAAAAGGUCAGACACGGUAAAGCAAGCCGUCAUGCAAGCCAUGGACCAAACUAAAAUCCCCGGGGGUCGUCAUAUCCCCAGAACCCUCCGCGGUAACACAUUCAUGCCUCAUGGCUCUGGCAGUCUUGUCAUCCCCAAUCCUCUCUCUGACCUGGCCCCUCAACCUCGUAAACGCAUGCUUUCCGGUCCUCUGGCCGCACUAGGUCGUGCUUUCUUAGGACAAAAACGACACUCUUUCGGUGCCGACGUCGAUCCCAAACAGGAUCUUGUCUUCCGCAGGGAAAACGGUCAACAGACGAACGAGGAUCGUGCGAGUGAACACAUCAAUGAAGAGAAUGUCAAUGUUUAUGUGGAUGGUCGACAUGGUCAUUCGGUUCUCAUUGGAGAUGAUCAUGGACGUCAUAAUCAUGUCAAGGUGAUUGAGAGGAAGUCUGAUCGUAGGGAUCAUGACCACGAGGAUGAGCAUGACCAUGAUCACGACCAUGACCACGACCAUGACCACGACCACGACCAUGACCAUGACCACGAUCAUCGGAGCCGAGAUCAAUUUGCCCAGAUGCAAGCACGCGGAAUGGAUCUCGGUGGUGCUCCCGGUUACAUCGAUGUAACCAGUCCCACCUCCUCUUCCCCCACUGGAGCCAAAAUUGCUUCCUUGGUACUAUCAACUUCCAACGGUACUUCGUCAAGUAACGACACAUCUUCCGCCGAAGGGUUCGUAUUGAACGCUUCCAACUCUAUUCGUACUCAAGUUUACCUCGUUCCUCUAUCUGACUCCAACUCUAACUCCACUUCCAACUCGACCGACCCGACCACGUCAUCCGCUCAGUCAACAGACAACAAUGGACCGAUCCAAGUCAACUUGAAAGUUCCUAUCUUCGUAGCUGAAACCGCCGAGGUUGAAUCUUAUUGCGCUACAUUCGAUCCUUUACCUAAAUCAGCAAAACCAUUAACGGUCCAACCAUGUGUCACAGAAGGGGAUUCACAUACUUCUCAAGUAUUCUUGUACGAUCCAUCAACUGGUGUUAUACAUCCCGAUUGGACACCAAAUACUACUUCGCAACAAGUUUUACAAAGUGUUCCAGAUUCUGUAGAAGAAACAACUACAUCUUCCAUUCCUACUUCCACCAUGAUCAUGUCUAGUGCUAUGGCUGAAUCACUUCCUACGGAUUCAUCACACCAAUUAUUAGUUUCACCCUCAGAUGUGACAUCAGUAAGUGAGGCUAGUAUAACUCCAUCGGUCGCAGUUGCUGGAAUACCUACUUCCAUACCAACACCAUCAAAUAUGAUCAAAGUAGCAAACGUUCUUCCAUCAUCUUCUUCCUCUAUGCUGUCACCUUCCGUUACACCAUUGAAUAUAAAACAAUUAGAUUCAUUGCCAACUUUACUUCCUUCUUCAAGCAUGUCAUCAAUAUCUUCAGUGCCGACCGAUAUCGUUCAAGAUGUAGAUUCCACUCUCUCAAUGUCAACCUCCAUAUCGACCACUGAAGCUAUUCUACCUACUACCACCGCUGUACCUAGUUCAGCGGCUGAAAUGGUAGCGGGAAACGAAGAUACAUCCGACACUCUCACAACUUCUUCAUCAUCUUCCCCUCCAGCAUUACAAACAGGUGGUAAACAACUAUCAACAGAAUCAACAUCUACACCAAUGAACAAAAGUUCCAAUAUCACUCUUGUUUUUUCACCUUCAAACCCUUCUUUGAGACAAUCGGAUUUUGAAGAAAAUGAAGGUCAUACGGCAGGAACGAACGAAGGUGCUGAAUCUAUUUCUUCCCCUGAUACAGAUGAUAACACAAUUCCUUCUUCUGUCAGUUCAUCGAUGAGUGCUUCAAUGACUGCGAUUUCUUCUGCAAUGGAAGAAGAGAUACCUUCUACUACGAUGAGUGAAACUAUGUCAACAUCAAGUUCGAUGCCUUCUAUUGGAAACGUUUUGGAAGUUCCUAUGAGUUUGAGUAUGAGUAUGACUACUAGUUCAAUGCCAAUGGAAACGAGUGUUAUAGCAGCGGCUGAGAAUAUGGAUAUGGGAAAUGAUUAUACUGCUCCUUAUCGUAGAGGUUAUUUCCGACUUCGAUAA